UUGGGAGAGAAUAUUGCGGACAACGGAGGCCUCAGAGAGUCGUUCCGCGCGUUUCAGACGUACGUCAAGACAUACGGAGAACCACUACGACUGCCAUAUGUCUCGCAAUACACACCACAACAGCUCUAUUUCCUCUCAUACGCGUCCAUUAAAUGCAAUCUAAUACGAAAAACAGCAUUAGACGUACAAAUUACUAGCGAAGUCCAUACUCCAGGCAAAUACCGAGUUAACGUUCCUCUAUCUAACUUUCAGCCCUUUUCCGAUGCUUUCAAUUGUAAAUCUAAUUCUCCAAUGAAUAGGAAAGAC